CUUCUCAAAAAUAUCACGUAAGUACCAACACCAUGAGGGAUACUUGGAUGGAUUAAUCUUAAAAAAUCAUGUUUGAUUAAAAUAUUUUAUUAAUAUUUUGUCGCUGAAAAUGUAGUUUAAUCCAUCUGCUAGUUACCCCUUGAAGAAUUUUUUCUAUAAACACUCGAUUUAGGGAAUUUAACAUGAAUUUGUUAUAGCAAUGGCGGACGCUGCACCAGCCGGUGGUCGAGGCGGUUUUAGAGGUGGAUUCGGAGGACGUGGCCGUGGUAGAGGCCGUGGAAGAGGAAGAGGCCGUGGUAGAGGUCGUGGAGGAAAAGAAGGAGAAAAGGAAUGGACUCCAGUAACUAAGCUUGGACGUCUUGUAAAGGACACUAAAAUCAAGUCCCUUCAAGAAAUCUACCUUUUCUCUCUCCCAAUCAAAGAGCAUGAAAUUAUCGAUUUCUUCUUGGGUUCUGCUUUGAAAGACGAGGUUUUGAAAAUCAUGCCCGUCCAAAAACAAACCCGUGCCGGACAACGUACUCGUUUUAAGGCAUUUGUGGCUAUCGGCGAUAGCAACGGUCACGUUGGUCUAGGCGUCAAAUGUAGCAAGGAAGUAGCAACCGCCAUCCGUGGUGCUAUCAUUCUUGCUAAACUGUCUGUUAUUCCUGUCAGAAGAGGAUAUUGGGGUAACAAGAUCGGUAAACCACAUACCGUACCAUGCAAGGUUACUGGAAAGUGCGGUUCUGUAACUGUACGUCUUAUCCCAGCUCCACGUGGUACCGGAAUCGUUUCCGCUCCUGUUCCAAAGAAGUUGUUGUCUAUGGCCGGUAUCGAGGAUGUAUACACUUGUACUCGUGGUCAAUCCGCAACUUUGGGCAAUUUCGGUAAAAUUUCACUAAAAUUAUGAAAUUAAAACUAAUAAACUGUUUUUUUCAGCUAAGGCAACAUACAGCGCUAUUGCGAAGACUUUCAGUUAUCUUACACCAGAUUUGUGGAAGGAGACCGUCUUCACCAAGUCUCCAUACCAAGAAUUUACAGAUUACUUGGCCAAGCCAGCAGCUCGUGCUCCAACCAGGGAACAAGCCGCAAAAUCUUUUUAAGCAAUUUAUGUAUCUUUAAGAAAUACAUAAUUGUGAAAAUAUUG